AUGUGUCGAUUGGAGCACGUGUAUAGUUUAUAUCCUCACAUCCUGUCCAUCCAUGACACAGCUGCAUCCAUCCUAGAGGAGAUGACCUACCUCUGUCUUCCUGCUGCUGAUGCCUCCAAACAAAGCCUGACCCAGUUCUUUAAGGACAGCAUCAUAUUCAUCCACGAGUCCAGACUCAAAGGGAAGGGAUGCCUGGUUCACUGUGUGGCAGGUGUUUCCUGUAGUGUUGGGUUGGUGGUGGCGUACAUGACUGUUACUGGGCGGGGCUGGGUGGCAUCGUUAGCUGCAGUGAGGGUGGUGCAGCUGUGUGCUGGACCUCAGAUGGUGUUCCUACACCAGCUAGAGGACUUUGAUAACCUAGAGGUCACAGGUCAGAGUCAACAGGUCUAUUCUCACUUUCUUUCCCUCACCUAUUGA